AUGGCCGAAAAGACAAAACCUCGAAAGCGCAAAGUGGACCUUGCGUGUGUCUAUUGUAGGCGCUCUCAUAUGACGUGCGACGACCAGCGACCCUGCUCGCGCUGCCUAAAACGAGGUAUUGGGCAUUUGUGUCACGACGAAGUCAGAUCUCGUCGCAGCUCGACUGAGCCGUCAGGCGUCGAGCCAUCUGGGGCCCCGCAACAAGAGUCGGGGAACCAAUACCCGGACAAUCCAGGAGCCGAGAACUCGGGCCUGGAAUACAACACCAUUAAUGACUUUAUGACUAUGAUCAACGACGACGCUCUGUUUCUACAAUACGACUUGGGAUCUCCCUAUGCGGUCAAGACAGAACAGCAGCAUGCCGUGCCAAUGCAAGUUGACCCGGCUUCCCAGCAUUUGACGCCCAUGAAAAACGAAGCAGGGCUAGCUCUCAAUGCUCAGGUGCAGGCAAUGGACUUGCACUCUACCCCGCAAUUGCAGUUUUCGCAGCAAAAGCCCAGCGAUAGCCCUGCAGUUGACCAGUUCAUGUUAACCGCAGCCGACCCAGAACACACAAGUGCCGAGGGCCGUUUGAAGCAGGUCAUUUCAGCAAAACACAAGGCCGGGUUGAUGAGACCGUACAACUAUGCCGACGGCUACGAUCGACUGAGGGUAUAUAUGGACAGCUAUAUGAACGCACAAUCAAAGCAGAGAAUCCUCGAUUCUUUAAGCGUCGUCAGACCGGCCUUUCGUGCUGUCGCAAAGUCGCUCAACGACAUUGAUCUUGUAAAAGUCGAAGAGAACUUUGAGCGGAUGCUGCUCAAUUACGACUGGAUGUUCUCGGCCACUGCAAUGCCGGCAUGUCUAUGGAGACGUACAGGAGAGAUUUAUCGCGGGAAUAGAGAGUUUGCAGAGCUUGUCGAGUGCAGUGUAGACGAUCUCCGAGAUGGGCGGCUGACGAUCUAUGAGCUGAUGACCGAGGAGUCUACGGUCAGUUACUGGGAAAAAUAUGCCAACGUUGCGUUCAGUUCUGAGCAGAAAGCCGUCCUGACGUCCUGUAAUAUUCGCACAAGAGACGGCCGUAAACGCCGACUGUGUAGUUUUAGUUUCACUAUUCGGCGGGACUGGUAUAACAUUCCUAGUUGCAUAGUGGGGAAUUUUAUACCCAUUCCGCAGAGAUAA